AUGAUAAACUCCACUCUCGUCUCUUUCUUCAGUCUUGGGGCGUACUUUGACAGCGGUGUUUUGAAAUACUUGUACUUCCUCACCAUCCUGGCAUUUUAUGUCUCCAUCAUCUGUGCUAAUUCGUUCCUCAUCGCUCUGAUCUGUGUGAACCGGAGCCUCCAUGAGCCCAUGUACAUCUUCCUGUGCAGCCUGUUUGUGAAUGAGCUCUACGGUAGUACGGGUUUGUUCCCUCUCCUCCUGGUGCAGACUCUCUCUGACGUCCACACCGUCUCGCUGCCGAUCUGCUUCCUGCAGAUCUUCUGUUUGUAUUCUUAUGGAGGUAUCGAGUUUCUGACCUUAGCCAUCAUGUCUUACGACCGAUACCUCGCCAUCUGUUAUCCUCUCCAAUAUAACACACGAAUGACGCCCAAUAAGAUUGCCGGGCUCACUGUUCUGAUAUGGUUGUACCCGCUCUUCAUCAAUGCCGUCAUCGUGUUCGGCCUGACCUUCCCUCUGCAGCUGUGCGGGAAUGUCAUCAACAAAGUCUACUGUGAUAACUACCUGGUAGUCAAGCUGGCGUGCUCUGACACCACGCUCAACAACGUCUUUGGGCUGAGUCACAUGUUCACGGUGAUAUUUGGACUCAUCGUUCUGAUUAUUUACACCUACAUCAGGAUCCUUAAAGUCUGCUUCUCUGGAUCCAAGCAGACCAGGCAGAAAGCGGUGAGCACCUGCACGCCUCACCUGGCCUCACUGAUCAACUUCUCCUCCGGGUGUUUCUUUGAGAUAGUCCAGAGCAGGUUCAACCUCUACAACCUACCAAACAUGCUGCGUAUAUUCUUAUCGUUGUACUGGCUGACGGGCCAGCCGCUCGUUAACCCUUUACUGUACGGUCUGAAGAUGUCCAAAAUACGGAUGGUCUGUAAAAGCCUGUUCUUCAGGGAGUCCCAGAGAGUCUGA